AUGGAAGGGGGAAGGGUAUGCAGAAGUUGGUGCGGGCACGCGGAGUUCGCGGUGCCCGAGCGGCCGCUGGGCGGUGGAGAUGAUCAGAUGAUCGUAGAAGUGAAGGUCAUGGGAGAAGUCAGGGCUGGAAGCCGAGGCUCUGCAGGCAAGGAAGGGCGCACCGGUUUGAAAAGGUCCAUCGGCUGCGGGCACAACUUCUGCCGCGGGUGUGUGACCCAGCUGUGGGGCAAGGACGACGAGGACCAGGCGGUGGGGGCCACGGGCGGAUGGGACCACUCCAUUCGGGAGGUUUUGUACCAGCAGAUCGUGGGCGAGUUGUUCCAGGGCCCGGAGGAGGGACCCUGGGUCGCAGGCGGUGGCAUCAGGAAUUGGGACGACGCGUGGGUCCCGGAAGAGGGGGACUAUUACCGAAUUGACAUCUACGGGGAAGAGGCGGGCGAGCACGGCGUCUGCUCCGAGCACCAGCAAGCCCUGAAGCUCUUCUGCGAGGUGGACGAGGAGGCCAUCUGCGUGGUGUGCCGGGAGUCCCGGAGCCACGAGCAGCACAGCGUGGUGCCGCUGGAGGAGGUGGAGCAGGACUACAAGGUGAGCGGCCUACAUUAAGGGGAUAUGGGAGUUUGGACAGGAGUUGGCAGGGAUGGGUACUUGUUUAGUCUUUUUUUAUUAGAGAUUUGGGGGCGGGGGGGGGAGGGUUACAGAGGAGAAAGAUGAACACACAAGGACAAAGGCUGAGGCUGUCCUCCCCAGAGGAAGCUGAGCAAAGACCGAAGCUGACCAUUGUCAGUCAGCCUAGGCAGAGGGACAGAGGUAACAGAUCCCUGGUAUUAAUUUCCGUCUGACCUGAGUUCUGAGUUUAUCCCUAACCAAGACAACAGAACUCUGAACACAUAGAAAUGGAAAGCUGAGGUCCUUGACUUCUCAGCACAAGCAGAAUCAGAACGUAACUGGGCUACUGCGGGCAG